UUAUUUGUAAAUUUACAUUGUAAAUAUUUUAAACACUGAAUGCGUUGUAAAGUGAAACACCAGUGAUGGAAGAUUUUUUAAUUUUUACCGUGAGGUGAGGAGUGUAAAAAGUGUUGGAUUACCAUAAAUCACGAUGGAAAGUGUGGAUAAACGAGGGAAAUAACUGUGUGGAUUUAAUUAUGGUCCAGCUUGCCUGUUACUUGCUGUUUACGACAGGGUGCCUGGUGACUGGCCUGAGAGACGUGCACAUCACAGUUCCUAAGGCUGUACGACGGGGUGACUCAGUGCUGCUUCACUGCCAUUAUGACUUGGAGGGCGACCCCCUCUACUCUCUCAAGUGGUACAAGGGACGGGCAGAGUUCUAUAGAUACACGCCCAAUGAGAAACCUCCCACCAAGGUGUUCCAGAUACCAGGACUGUCAGAGCUCAAUGUGGACAAAUCUCAGUCUAACGGCUCCCAGCUGUUCCUGCGGCAGGUGACCAGUUCUCUUAGUGGUCAGUUUAACUGUGAAGUGUCCGCAGACGCACCUUCCUUCCACACAGCCAUUGUAGCCGCCAACAUGGACGUUGUAGAAGUACCCCGUAACCCGCCUGAGUUGUCGGGGAUCAAAUCCAAAUACAGAGUAAGAGACACUCUAAGGGCUAACUGCACAGCUUCACCCUCAAAACCAGCUGUGAACCUCACUUGGGGAAUCAACGGUGAAAAUGUGAACCCCAAAUACGUGAAGCAGUAUAGACAAGUACCAGAGAGAUAUCCAGAUCUUCAACAGUCCAUGAGUAUUUUGGAGGUGCCUCUGAAGGCACACCACUUUGUGCCUGGGGGUCGACUGAAGGUAAGGUGUACAGCAAGUUUGUACGAUCUUUACUGGCAAACCACGGAGAAGGGAGCAGAUGAAGAAGGAAGACCGACAGACAAGAUGGCGGCUGAUAAGGCUUAUAACGAGGUCAAGGCAAACUGGGAUGAUUAUGAGGACGAUGAAUAUGGUGAUCAAAACAACUUCAUUAUAGGAGCAUUUCCAACACCGCCAAGUGACAAUGAUCUCAGAAACUCUGCUCCUUUUGUGUCUUCCACUUUUGUCUUGAUUGCCAUUGCAUUGCUGCGGUUAUAAGUCUACAAUUUUAGAAUUCAACAUAAAGAAUCCUUCUUCAUUUUAUGCAAAAUCGCUUGAAUGCAGCUAACGUAGAAUCUAUCGAAUGGAAAAUAAAUUGUGGUGUAAAGCACUCAAGCGAAUUGCUUUUGGUUUCUAACAUAACAUUACAGCAAUAAACUGAUAAUUGAAAUCAUUAAUGCUUAAAUAUUUUAGUACUCGGGUACAUUGAACGCAAAACUAGUGAUGAAAUAAAAAUUGCUAAGUAAGUGCAUUAUAAAGUGAAUAAAGAUGUAAAGAUGCUUUUGUACUCAAAUCUUAAAACCGAAUGUACAUUCUAGUUAUUAAAGUAUAUUUUUAAUACUCAUGUAAAAAUACGAUCUUUAGUUGUAUACCCUUUAAAAUACCAAAUAGAGCCUUUUACAUUUUUUUACAAUAUUCUUCCAAAAAAAGAUUAAUUUCCUAAUUAAGACAAAUUAUUAAAUAAAGAAAAAUUAUUUUCUUUAUUUUUAAAUUACGAUUUUGACUUUAUUGAAAGCAAUAAUCAGUUAAUAAUGUAAUAAUUAUUUACAUUAUAUAUUCGUACACUUCUUUACCCGUUGAAUGGGAAUAAUAACCUAAUACCUGAAAAGUCUUCCUACAUUGUUCAUACAUAUCUAGACUAUGUCAUCCUGUAGUUCACAUUCACAAAAAGAAGAAUACCUAUCAUGAUUCAUUACAUAAAUAUAUAUUUUUUAGAUACUCGCAUAGAAUAUGAGGCAGAAAGUAUUACCUAAAUAAAUUUAUAUUUUGAAAACAGAUUAAAUUUAUAUUUUCAAGACGAAAUUAAAUUUUCAUACAUAUUUUUCCUUUCUUUUCUUAUACAAAAACUAAAUUACAAGUGUUUAAUUUCCUGUAUAUAUGUAAAUGGCUCAGUAAUUUCUUUAAUGACGAGUUGAGGAAUUGUAAAAAUAAAAGAUUGUAUAAAAUAAAAGUUAGUGGCCAAAUUGUCGUUGACGCUUAACAUAUCUGUGGUGUUAGCAGAUGUAGAUUUUGUAACUGGCAGUUAGAUUAGUGUUGUUUGAAAUUUCAAACGAAAGGUUGUGGUUACCUUCAUUGUAACUGUGUU